AUGUCUCAAGAUGAUUCUUCUUCCCUCUCUCAAGUAGUAGUAAAUUUGCAAGAUUUUAUCAUGAAAGAGAAUAAUGAUUUUUCUCUGUUAGAUUCUUGGUUGAAAACUAAAUUCCGAUCCUCAUCAAGUGUUCCAUUCUCUCUCCGAAUGAAUAGCCUUCCACCCAUCAUCGUUAAAAACAUAGAUGAUGAAAGAGGGGAAUCUUGCUAUGAUGUUGUAAUUUCAUAUGAACAUAAUUAUAUUAUUAUGGGCGGAAUGAAUAGUAUUCAUGUUUUUGAUUAUACCACAAAGAAACAUGUAAAGUCAAUCAAGCUUGAUGUUGAAGUGCAUGAAAUGGAGAUUGACAAAAAUGGGUUGAAUUUGUACUUGACUGGGUUGUGGGAAACUAAUUAUGCUUACAGAGUUGCAAAAUAUGAUCUAGUAAAGCUCUUGAAUGGUGAGGAGGGAAGUUGUUUGUGGGUUUGUGCUGAGAAUUUGUUACAGAAUUUGUGGGGAAUCGGAUUAUUUGAAUGUCAAGACGAAACAUUUGUUUAUGUGAUGGAUUAUGGAAGUGGAUUAAUGGUUUUUGAUUCCAGAACUGGUCAGAGAGUUCAUCACAAAGUACCAACAGUUGCUAAUGGAUACGGUGUAGCUUUUACUCCUGAAAAUGAAAUGAUUAUCACAUCAGCUCACCCACAUGCUAGUCCUGUUGAAAUUUACACAUUUGAUGAGAAGAAGGAACAGUGGAAUCUGAAAAAAAAUUGUUUACGAAUUGAGAGUGAUUCCACGCCAUACGGAGUGUUUUAUGAAGUGCCAACCCAAAGAAUUUACGUUACUGAUACUGUAGGAAAGUCAAUCACAGUGUUUGAUAUGCACACUCUGACAAGAGUAUUCCGUCACGAAUUUCCCUCAAAUAUGCCUCAAUAUUAUGGUAUUAUGAUAGAUAGGAAAACAGGAAUUCUGUAUUUACCAGAUGUUACUGGACAAUUGCUAUGCUUUGAUUAA